ACCCUCUCCGCUCCCCGGAGAGAGAGAGGUCUUCCCCCCGGCGUCCUAAAGCCUGGGCCGCUCUUCGGGGAAGGAGGCUGAACCCGCGGCGGCUUCCACCAUGCACUGCCAUGGCGAGCUGAGGCUCGCGUCCCCCGGGCAGCUCAAGGCAGCCAGGAGGCGCUACAAGACUUUCAUGAUCGAUGAGAUCCUGUCCAAGGAGACCUGCGAUUACUUUGAGAAACUUUCCCUUUACUCUGUCUGCCCUUCCCUCAUCGUCAGACCCAAACCUCUGCACUCCUGUACUGGGUCCCCAUCUCUGAGGGCAUAUCCUCUCAUCUCCGUCAUCACCCGGCAGCCCUCUGUGGUCCCUCACCUUGUCCCUGCAGCUCCCAGCUCCCGAGCACUGUCACCCCACUCCUCCUUGGGAGCCACCAGCGCAGAGACACCAGCCAGCGAAACUCAUGCCAGCAGCGAGUCAGAAGGGGAGCAGCCCACCCCGCGGUUGAAAAAGCCUCGCCGAAGCCGGACCAUCUUCACAGAACUCCAGCUGAUGGGGCUGGAGAAGAAAUUCCAAAAGCAGAAGUAUCUGUCCACGCCAGACAGGCUGGACCUUGCCCAGUCACUGGGGCUGACUCAGCUCCAGGUGAAGACUUGGUACCAGAACCGCAGGAUGAAGUGGAAGAAAAUGGUACUGAAAGGUGGACAGGAAGCUCCGACAAAGCCCAAAGGCCGCCCGAAGAAAAACUCCAUCCCCACCUCAGAAGAGAUUGAGGCAGAGGAAAAGAUGAACAGCCAAGUUCAGAGGCAGAUAUUCGAGACAUCUCAGGCUCCAGAAGAGCCUGAAUUGACAGAGGAGAAGCCUGAAGUCUCCUUGGAGACAGGAAAGUCUCCGGAGCACACAGUGGAGCCCUCCCCAGAGGAGACGACGCCCUCAAGUUAAAAGAGGAAAAACAGAAAAAGAAAAAAAAAGAAA